UUAACGUAUAACGUUAUAAACGUUAACGUUACAUUAUAGACGUUAACGUAACGUGUGAUCAAUUAAUGCAGUUAUAAUUGAAGGAUUGAGGCUAGUCUCCGUCUUUGUUUGUACAUGAAGUAGUGUUAGAAAUGAAUGGAUCUAGAUGAAAAGAGCUUUCCAGAACCUGUCGGAUCUUAAACUUGUGAAUGGACCCGUGGUUGUUAUUUUUUCGGAUUUGUUUUGCCAAUUAGUUUUUUUUAUGAAAAUAGAUUUUUUAAGAUCUUAGACUUAGCAUUUAGCUAAAAAAAAAUUAAAAUAGCUAUAUGAGAAAGUUAAAAGUGGAUAUAAUGUUUAAGAAAUAGACUCUCAUCUGACAUAUAACAAUGGCAAUUGUACAGUACUCGUUAUUUAUACUAACUAUUGUGGACUUAAUAUUACACGCCCGGGGGUCGGGAUCUCUCUAUGACCCUCCCAAUAGAGCGGUCAUGUGGAAAUAUGGAUAUAACACACGGAAAAAUUAUAAUUAUAUGCAACUUAACUGUGGUGGUGAAAAGCAACAUGAAAAGGGGCCUUUUAAAUGUGGUAUAUGUGGCGAUCCCUUUAAUGACAAGAAACAACACGAAGGUGGGGGCAAGUACGGUACAAUGAUGAUCAGUAGAUAUUAUCCUGCAGGAAUAAAAGUUUUAGAAAUGCCGGUGAAAGUAGAGCUGCUUGCAUUCGAGAAAGGAUUUUUCGAAUUUCGACUUUGUAAUGCAGACAUUUACAACAUCACACAAGAAUGCCUGGAUGAAAAUAUACUUCCAAUUAAAGAAGGUUACCUUGCUGGGACACCGUUACAGUUUUUCCCGAAAGGUGCCGGAGAUUUCCGACUUACAGUGGCAGUACCGCCGAAUCUCACAUGUAACAGAUGUGUUUUACAAUGGAGAUAUCACACUGCCAAUAGUUGGGGUACAGAUCCUAUAACAAAUGAACAAGGUAUAGGAUUAGGACCACAAGAAGAGUUCCGAAACUGUGCUGAUAUUCGUAUAGGUGGUGAAAUUCCUAAAAGUGUCCGAGACAAUCCAUUCUUUGCACCGCCCGAUGCCAGGUCAGCUUCAGCGAUUGACAAACCGACCGACCAACGUAAAAGGUUGUCAUUGCAGAACAAACCGAUUUCUGUAAAACCAGCGUCUGUGGACCAUCUAUCUUUGAGCGCAAGGAUGCAUCUUCAUGGAGGCAAUGAUGGAGGAGGGUUAGCUGAAUCAAAUGUUGGAACUAUGUCUUCAGGGGGGAGUCAGAGUGUUUCUGGCUGGGUCAAAGGUACAGCAAGUAAAACGAAGGAAAGCUCAAAUAGAGUCCCUGACCUUACAAAUGGUAGGAAGGCGGUAGACAUAAAUCAGAUAACGACGGAAAAAAGAACGGAAAGAAUAAAUUUGAUGCCAGUGGUGAAUACAAUGGGAAGUUUAGAAAGAAGUCAGAAAAUAAUACAAAACGAUUUGGGUGCAAAGCAACAAAACGGUUUAUUUUCUCUAGAUAAUAUAUUACACGAUACAUUUACGGGAAAACAAAACGCUAAGAAAGCUGCAUCUAAAGGGAAAAUAGAAUUUAUAGGAGUUCAGUCAAAUACUGGGGACCAGAAUACACGAGAAACUGGGCGUAAAGUUAGUACAAUGACAGCCAGGGACGGGAAUAGUGGUAGACAAUUAAUCCAUGGCAUUGCAUUUAAUGAACGUAUGGAUGGGCUCCUGAACUCUGGUAGUAUGGACGGCAAAACAUUAACCAAUGUCGACAAUAGAAUUUUAACUGCAGGGAUAGACGGACAGUUGACCUUGGACAAAGGUCAAGCUAGUACUGUUGAUAAUACACACGGACAGAGUCAAUUGUUAAAUGAUGUCAUGCACAUAACUUCCAGUAUUUUAGACUCAAACAGAGAUGCUUCAAUGAAAAACUCUUUAACCAUGAGUGGCUCAACUGGUCAGCAAAAACUAGCAGACAGACGUAUAAUAGGCACUAACAAUAUAUUUGAUAUGGCAACCGGAGCCGUUGGGCCUGCUCCAAAACCUGAAAAGAAGGCUAGUAUAAUAGUGCAGGGUGCGAGUAUCGCUGAAAGUUCAUCCCUAACAGAAACCGUACCAAUGCAGGCAGCAACUAGAUCUGGAUUGUCGCUUUCAAGGGAUAGGACAGCUAACCAAAAUAACCAGAACAACAUUGAAAUCCCUUUUUCUGGCAGCGGUAUGUUUCUUGAUUUGACACAAUCUGGUAUAAAGACAUCGAGCAUUGAUGCUCAUUCAAAUACACCUUCCCAGUCUAUGGUUCAAGACGGACACACCGGAAAUACACUAGCAUCUUUGAAUAACAUAGUCACUGACAUGGCAAUAGAUGGUUCCCACACAAACGUGUUAAUAGACAAAGUAAAUACAAAUUCUAACUUAAGCCCCUUUGUCCAUGAUACUGUAUCAGGAGAAUUAAACCAAACGCCUAUCGGGACUGCAGGUACAAACAAAUUUGAUAUGAAUUUGCAAUCAUUUGGUUCAAACGCAAAUUUUGGUGGACAACAAAUAGUAAACAGAGAAGCUUUUAAUAUUGGAGGAAUGACAACACACACUGGGCAAAAUAUUGCUACAGGACAUUCAAGUAGUACAGGCAUAACAGAUAGGCAUGAUGUUCAAAACGAAAACCCUUUAACUAUUUCUGCUUUACAACCACAGGACGGUCGACAACGCAUUUUUCUCCUCAGAGCCAGUAGACCACAGGGAGUUAUAUUAUCUAGUUCUACUAAAGGAUCCAAUAUGGAUAUGACUAUUUCCGAAGGUAUACAACCAGGUACAGGUAUUGCCCGUAAAGCCGUUAAAGAAACAAUGAAUAAAUUUUCCUCCGAUAAAUCGAACAUGGCAACAUCACCAAAUAAUAAACAAGUAGACAAUUUAAGCAUUGGAACAAGUCAACCAUCCCCUGACAUGCUAACUAAUAGUUUAAACCCAGUUUUUCAAUCGGAUAUCGUUGUUGAUGGCAAUGCAUUUGCUUCAAUGACGGCAUCAGAAGUUAUUGAUCCUUUACGAACACAAACACAGCGGUCGGAUGGUGGUAUUGUCACUGAAAAGGAUUUUCUACCAAAAGGACAAACAACUUUGAUUGCAGAAUCAAAGUCUCAAUCGUCUCCUGGACAAGUAGCUGACGGAAGUCUUGGUAAUGUAAUUAAUGAUGUAGAUGCAUUUAGAAACGAAUUGGUUAAGAGUUCCCUCCGACAAAGUGGUGCAUUAAUAUCUGACAUGCCUGUAGCAAAAUCUUCAUUAAACGCUAAGAAAGAUGCUAUUCCUAGUAUUGCUAGUACAAAACAACACACAGAAUCUAGUAACGUAGCUGGUACUAGCCUCCUUGCGUCAAAUGAGGUUGGAGGGAAAUCAGAAUCAAAUCUUGGCCAGACUGUAAGUGCUUUAUUAAACGAAGCUGAAAAGAUACUGAGCAGAACUACAGCAGAUAUCUCAAAUGCACAAACGGCAACUGCCUCAAACUCAAAGAAAGAUAAAGUUGUUAAACCAGAACCAGUUAAGGAAGUUAAGGCUGCAACCUUGGUCACUUCUCCAAAAGUAUCUAAGUCUGCUCAAACUUCACACCAUUCGAGUAUUUCAGGACACUCUGGCAGUACAGUUGGAACUUUGGGUAUAUCGCCUGUAUCAGAAGUAAAUAAAAUUACUCAUGAUAAAACAAUCGUAAAUGAACCUACUCCGUUGCAAUUGUCAUUAGAAUAUCUACUUGGAAAUACCCAUGGUGGAAAUAUAGAUCGUUCAAAUCAGAUAGUAGAUAGUUCUCAUGGACAUGGUGAACAUAUUGUUCAUGUCGGAACUAUGAACAGCGGUGCUUCUGCGGACAGACAUUCGUUAUCCUCAACCAGUGAUAGUGCACAUGUGUUAAAUAUGUCUCCAAGUAUUCAUGACUCCAUAUUGGGAGCAAACCCGUCAGUACAUUCUGAUACUGCUCAUUUAAAUGAAGUUGGCGUUCUUUCAAAAGGCACUCAAGUUUCACAUAAGACAUCUGAAGGAGCGAAAGAUAGUUCACUAAAUAUUAAUACAGGUCAAGAACAAAACAGUCAAGCAACCCACACAGGCGGACGUGGUGCAAACGUUGAUAUUAAUCGGCAUGCAUCGCUUUUAUCUAACUUGGAUAUCAUUGGCCCUGAUACAGGAAUUGUAUUUCCGACGGUAGGUGUUAAUGAUAUAUCAAAUAUUAAACAAAGUGCAGAAAAAUCAACACAUGGAAGUAACCAAUUAGCACAGAAAGUAACUACAACGGGUUCUCAUUCUGAUAUUGGCUUAUUAGGUAGUGUAGAUAACCCAAGUCAGAAAACAAGAACGAUUUCUGGAAGAAUUGACCAGAGUUUUGUUGACCAAAGUAUAGGUAUUAUCGACAGUUCGGAAAGCGUUAGUAAAGGUAACACGAAUCGACAAUCUACAGGUGCAGAUCAAGCUGGCGUGACAGCAAGUCAUCAGCUGGACAGACAUAAUUCUGAUAUGCUUAGUGGGAAAAGUACUAUCAAUGAGGGCCGAUUAGGCGGAAAUAUUAUUGAUUUCAGUUCGAAUUCUAAUACAAAAAGACAACCAGCAGCAAGUGUGAAUACAAUUGACAGCCGGGUAGCUGCUAAUGCAAAUGAUUUAAAUCGAUUCACUGUCGGCCAGUCGGUAAGACAGGGCGACAAUUUAAUUUUAGAUCGCAAUAUUGGAAGUGGAGCCGAUAAACCAUCAACGCAUAGUUCCAGUCAACAACCCUUAACGGGAAUUUCGACAUUAGGGACAACUGGAAACGUACAACUUAUAGACACAGUUACCGAAACGCAUAAUCGCGUUGUUAAUGAAUCGGUUUCUAGUCAGUCAGGAAGACGGCGGCUUGUUGGUGGUAACAAUAUAGUACCAAACGUUGUCCAAACUAGACCUGUAUCUAAUAGACCGACUCAAACACCAAAAGUAGACAGUGUAAGUAUAGAACGUCAAUUAAAUUCUUUUAAUCUUGAAACUAUACCGGGAAGUUCUGUCUUCGGUGCAGGUGUGCAAAUGGCUGGUGAUGGAGGAAUGACAGCUGGUUUUGGGCCGAGAGAUUUAGAUAUUCAUAGAGAUAUAGUGUUAGAAGACAGACGACUUAUGUCCAGUUUUGACAGACAAGGAAGAGGAAACGGAGAUAUUUUAAGUGGCAGAAGAACACAGACAUCUGACGGUAGUUUUCGAUUGGCAACAGAUCCAAGAACAGGUUUGGAAAGAAGAGUUCCUGUAGAAGAAAGAACACAUGGCGGUCACAUGGACAGUGCAAUGGCAGGAAGCGUUGAUAGAUCACAUACACCGGGAGAUCAUUCAAGUUCUGGUACUUCUAGUAACCCAGUAUAUUUUCUAGAUAUGACCGGAGGGUCUGCUACGGGUUCAGGGCUGAUUGACAGUAUGACAAUUAAUAAACUUCCGCCAAUCGGUAGUAGAAGGAGUUUGUCUGACAGACGUUUAAUUGAAUCAAGAGAUAAUAUAAUAGAUUCCACAAGACAGGGUAAUGCUGACCUUGGAAUAAGUUCAUUUGAUCAAUUAGUCGAAAGUUCGACGUCUAAUCUUGGAAGAAGAACAAAUGGAAAUCAAGGAGGAGCGACAUUUGAUAUGAGAAUGGAAGGCUCAAGAUCCACAACAGAUACAGGAAGUGGGUUAAGAGAUGGGGGGAUGAGGAGGCAAACAGAAGGAAGGAGAAGUGGAUCAUUUGAUACGAGUUUUGAAUCUGGAUCUGUUCGAGGUCCAGGCGUUUUAUUGGGAGACGGAACAAGGGAAGGGUCGAGAGGAAGAACAGAGUUUGUUCGAAGGGAGGGCUUACUUGAUGCCAGCAUUGCACGAUCAGGAUCUGCCAGGGGCACUGGUGAAAGAAUUGGUCAGGCUAGAGAUAUUGGUAAUGGAGGUAUAGGAUCUUCUAGAGAGGCUAUCAUAGGGUUUACAGAUGGUGUUUCUAGAAUGGAAUCUAAUAUGCAAACUGAUGGCAGUUUAGGAGGUGGAUCAGCACGAACUGGAAGUCGAUUUUCAGAAAGAGAUGUAAGAUUAGAUUCUAGAAGACGUACCGAAGCAGAAAGAAGAGUGUCAGGCUUUGAUGUCGGGAUGAGGGGAUCGGAAAUGACAUCUGGUACUAGUUCUGACUUUAGAGGGAACGGUUUUAGACUUGAUUCUAGAGGACACACAGGCGGUGAAAGAAGGGGUGUGGACUUUGAUGCUGGGUUAAGAGGAUCUGGGGCAACACGUAGUGAUUUUGCAGGAUUCAGGGAGAGCACAUCGAGACUUGAUUCUAGAGGUCGGCCUCGAGGAGAACAAAGAGGUACAGACUUUGACGCCAGAAUGAGUGGAUCUGAAUUAGCAAAUGGAGGAUUUAGGGAAGGAAGUUCAAGACGAUUAGAUUCUAGAAGGCGUAUAGCGGGAGAACAACGAAGUGCAGAAUUUGAUGUUAGAAUGGGUGGAUCCGAUUCUUCAAGUGUCGGUACAGGUCGGGGAUUUCGAGAUGGUACUUCAAGAUUGAAUUCUAUACGAGGCACAGAAGGAGAAAGAAGAAUUGCAGAAUUUGAUACAAGAAUGGGUAGUUCGGGUGCAUCAGGAAUGGAAAGUUCAAGAACAGGCUCAAGAAGAGCUAUCUCAGGAACAACCAGAGGUGAAAGAGGUAGCGAUAGAAGACGAGAUGGCGCUAUGUUUUCGGCAAGAAGAGGCGAGGUAGAUAGCCGUGGUACUGUAAGAAGUAUGCCUGCCAGUUCAUCUGUCGUACCAUUUGGUGGACCAAUAUCUUCUGAUGGCGCAUUUGGCCCAAUGAUGUCUAGGGGAGGUUUUCCAUCUGCAAUGUCUUCAUUUGGUGGACCAUUUCCACCACAUAUGGGUCCUGGUCCAAUGUUUGGUGGUCCAGGAAUGCCAUUUGAUGGAGGUUUUUCAGCAAUAGAUCCGGCGUUUGGUCCUAGCCUAGGUGGCCCUGGCUUUUUACCAGGAAUGGGAUCUCCAAUUAUGGGACCCCCAAGUAUGGGUCCAGGUAUGGGCAUGCCUCCGUUUUCACCUAUGCCGUUUGGUCCAGGUCUGUUAUAAUCAACAAUUGAAAAAAGUUUCAUGGAUUGACUUUAUACGUGUUGCAAAAUAUGACAGUUUUGUUUAAAAAUUUUGUUAAGUCCUGGCGUUAGUGCGCAGGUCACGUUUAUUAUAAUUGUGAUUACAUUUGUGAUGAUUUUUAUCCAAAAUAAAACAACAAAAAGACAAAUAUUGCAUAGGUGAAAUAUAAUAAUAUAAAAUCAUA